AUGGGUGACAUUAAUACUGUUUUCUUUGGAGAUUUGGUACAACUUCUUCUCGUUAGUCGAGAUGAUAAGCCUAUUGGGGAACCUAAAACAUUUUGUUUCUCAGGAAAGUAUCGUCUAAUUGAACCUGCGAGGCAGACUGAAGCUAUUUUUAUAAAAGUUUUGAACAAUGAACGUGUAUGCCAAUUCAAGACAUCUGUAAUUAAAUACGCCAACAGCAGAGCAGUAUUGAAAACUAUUCGAAAGCUAGUUAACACUGCAAAUUCAAAAGAUUUUGAAUUCACCCUAGGUGAAUCUCUAUUUUUCCUCGUGCAUGACACUUACAAUGGGGACUCAAAGAAUUCGGCUACUUGUGCACUGAAAGAAACCAGAUUACUACAAGAGAUUACUAGAAGCGUGCCAGGAACAAGCUAUAUAAAGUCGCUGUUUUCAACUGUAUCUGGCUUUGGCUCUAACAUUCAUAAAGCUCAAAAUGCAACUAUCAAAUCUGUUAUAAUGCAUUUGGAUAAUAUAACUCAUGGCCAGCUUUACGUAGCAAUGUUUCGUGUACGAAAGGAUGACAGUUUUUUUUUCUUUGAAUCAAACGCAAAUAUACCAGAAUUUUAA